GAAGGGCUGAAGCUCAGUGUGCGUGUGACAGCAGCAGGACCAACUCACUCCUACAAGCACCGGUACCUUCUCCCGUUAAUCCGCCAUCAUGGAUCUGGACCUGAUCUUCGUUAUUCCCGCCAUCCUCUUCACUGUCGUGGCCAUUUAUUUCGCCUGGUCGCUCCUCAGUAAAAAGCCCGACGCCUCCUCCGCCGCUGCCCGGAACAAGAAGCCUGAAGUCGGCUACGGAGACGACGUCCCUCCGUCCAGAGCUCUGGGGCAGCAGCUCCGACCCGAGCCCGACGUGUCCCCGCGGACUGAGCCUCCUGCUCCGGCUGAGAAGAUCCAGGACGUCCCGGUGAAGGUUGAACCAGAACCAGUGAAAGAACCAGAACCCGUCCCCGAAUCAAAGCCUGUCCCAGAACCCGUCCCAGAAUUAGUCCAAGUCCCAGAGACAGAACCAGAACCAGUUUCAGUACAAGAAGUAGCUUCUGUAUCAGAAGCUGUUCCAGAGCCAGAACUUGGGCUUGAACCAGAGUCAGAACCAGAAGAAGUCCCAGAACCAGUAGAAGUCCCAGAAGCAGUUGAAGUCCCAGAAGCAGUUGAAGUCCCAGAACCAGUGUCAGUAUAUGAUCCAGAGCCUGUGGUGGAAUCUGAACCGGUACCUGAAGUGGUCUCGCUGGUGGAGGAGUCUUUACCUGAGCUGAUCCCUGGUUUCACAGAAGAAAUCCUGCUGACCCCUGAACUCUUGAUUGAGACUGAAAGAGAACCAGAACCAGAGAAUGUCCUGAACAACGACGUGGCUGCAGCUGAAGAUCAGGUCAAGUUCACUCCUGGAAAGAAACAGAGCAAGUUUGAGACCCUGAUGAGCAAAGAGGAGAUCAAGGAGGAGCAGAGGAUAGAGCUUACACCCGAUUUUACUUCUCUAUAAUCAACCUCAGCUGAGUUAGGAAGAGAUGGGUGCAACAGGAGCAGCUGGCGGCCAUCUUCCUGCUGCUGAGGGAGAACCAGGAGGCGCUCGGCGAGGUGACGGAGGGCGACAUGGAGGAGCAGCUGAAGCUCUACUCGCUCUGAGACGCCGUCCAUCACUGUUACCAUAGCAACGCAAACCUCCACACAACCGAAUGUAAAAUGUCGUAGACGAAACCUGAGACGCUGAUUUAUUAUCGGAUUAUAUUUAUUUAUUUUAUCUGAAUCUGUAAAAGAACGAAAGUAUCGUGUGUGGAGUAAAAAUACGAAGCAGCACAACAUGUAAAUACUCACAUGAAGUACAAGUACCUCAGAAUUAGUUUUUUAUUUAUUUGGGUUUUUAAAAAGUUUUUAGUUUUUUUCUCUCGAUCUUUUUAAGUUUUCUGUCGCUGAAAAAAACAAACGUCAAAGUUUGAAUUGAAUUUAUUGAGAACGUCUUUAUGCUAAGCUAAGCUAAGCUUCUUUGGUCACAUUUGUUGAUCUUUGUUUUUGACAUUUCAAAAACAAAGUUUGCACUGACGUAAUUCACAUAAUAUGACUCGAAAAAAAGUGUAUACUACAACUUUUUCCAGAAAUAUACGGGUUUAUUUCUCCUCAAAUAUUUCUGCUUUUUGUUUUAGCUUUUUUGUAAAGAUAUUACGAUAUCUAUAAAAAAAAUGUCUUUAAAUGUAGUUUUUCCUGUUAAACUCUUGAGGCUUUUGAAAUGUAACAAAUUCAUAUCAGAAUAUUUUGAAUUUAAUGCCUUUUUACUAAAUAACUAAUAACCUAAAUAUUAAAUUUAUAUCAGAAUAAUUUGACUUUCUCCUUAAUUAAUAAUUGAGUUUCUAAAAAAUACCCAAAUAUUACUAUUUUUUUAAAUUAUAAAUUUUAUAUCAAAAUAUUUUAACUUUCCUCAAUAAAAUAAUAAAAAAAUUCUCUCCAAUAUUAGGACUUAAAAACUCCUCUUCUCAAAUUAUUGCAAGUAUUUUCUCAGUAUAAACGAAUAUUAAGACGUUUCCUUUGUUACAACCUUUUUAUGAGAAUAUUAUAACUUUACUAUUUUCUGUUUAAGAGACAAAGAGUUUUCUCCCUUGCUUGUAGAGGCACUGUUACUGCUGCAUUCUGGGUAACGUGUUUUUUAACAGUUUUUGGGGCAUCGUCCGUCACUGACGAUCAACGACGUCAAGAUUUUUUUUUUAACGUAUACAAUUCAACCAACUUUAUUUAUUGUGAGUUGUAUUUCAGAUUUUUUCUGUAAAAACUUUUUUCUUGAUAAUAAAAAUAUGUAAAAAACUC